CAAAAACCUCCACUUUCUCGUCUCAUUUCUCGGAAUUCGCGAAACAGAAACCAAAAAAAAAAAAGAAGAAAAAAACUGGGUCGGGUCUUCCGAGAAAAAUUAUAACCCUAAAUUUAACAAGAGAGAAAGUUUCUUCCUUUACUUUCUCUAACCUCUUCUUCUUCGAUGGAUUCUAGAGAACUCCACCAACAACAGCAACAGCAACAGCAGCAGCAGCAGCUACAACCACCUCCUGGGUUCCUAAUGGGCUCCUACAAUCGAAACCCUAACGCCGCCGCCGCCGCAGCCGCAGCGUUAAUGGGUCCCACAUCCACAUCUCAGGCGAUGCAUCACCGCUUACCUUUCGGCUCUCUCUCACCGCAUCAACCUCCUCAACACCAUCAGCAGCAGCAGCAACAACAGCAGCAUCUUCACCCUCAUCAGCAUCAUCCUCAGCCUCAGCAACAGAUGGAUCAGAAGACGCUUGAAUCUCUGGGAUUCGAGGGGUCGCCUUCCUCCCAGCAGCCGAUGCGAUUCGGGAUCGAGCAGCAGCAGCAGCAGCAGCAACAGGCGCAGAAGAAGAAGAGAGGGAGGCCGAGGAAGUAUGCUGCUGAUGGUAACAACAUUGGUCUUGCUUUGGCUCCCACUUCUCCUGCUUCUAAUUCCUAUGGUGGUGGAACUGAGGGUGGUGGUGGAGAUAGCGGCGGUGGAGGAGGAGGAGGAGGUAAUGCUAACUCUUCCGAUCCACCUGCUAAACGGAACAGAGGUCGUCCUCCUGGCUCCGGUAAGAAGCAGCUUGACGCUUUAGGAGGAACAGGUGGAGUUGGGUUUACACCUCAUGUCAUUGAGGUUAAAACUGGAGAGGACAUAGCUAUGAAGGUAGUGGCGUUUACGCAACAGGGGCCACGCGCGAUCUGUAUUCUCUCAGCUACUGGAGCUGUAUCUACUGUCAUGCUUCGUCAAGCUAACAAUCCUACUGGAGCUGUUAAGUUUGAGGGUCCAUAUGAGAUCAUUUCUAUGUCAGGUUCUUUCUUGAAUACUGAGAGUAAUGGUACUGUGACUAAAACUGGUAGCUUGAGUGUAUCUCUGGCUAGACCAGAUGGUCAGGUUGUCGGUGGUUGUGUCGCUGGGAUGCUAGUAGCUGGAUCACAAGUCCAGGUUGUUGUUGGAAGCUUUGUACCAGAUGGCAAGAAGCAGAAACAAAGCGCAGGGCGUGUUCAGAAUACACCCGAGCCAGGUUCAGCACCAGCCAAUAUGUUGACCUUUGGUGGUGGUGGUGGUGGUGGAGGACAAGGAAGCCCUCGGUCUCAGGGACAGCAACAUUCAAGUGAGUCAUCAGAGGAAAACGAGAGCAACUCUCCAUUGCACCGUGGUAAUAACAAUAACAACAACAACAACAAUCAUCAUGGACUAUUUGGGAACUCUACACCGCAACAACUUCACCAAAUGCCUAUGCAGCAACAGAUGUACCAUCACCACCUCUGGCCUGGCCACAAUCCUCAGUAAAAGUUGAGAUUGUUCAUGGCUCGUGCUGGCAGGGUUUGCUUUUCUGUUCGUUUUACACAUCUCUCCAUCAGAAUUAUCCAUAAAGUAGAUUGAGCUUUAUUACUCUCUCUCGUCUUCUUCUUCCUCCUCCACUUCUCUUCUCUUCAAAUUUAAUUUUGGUUUUUAGAUAAACAGAGAGAGAGAUGUUAAGUAGGUUUCAGUUCAUCUUUUUAGUUUGUUUCUUAGUUACUUUUGAUUGUGAUAAUCAGAAAGACCUCCUUUUUACUCUUUUUUUACAUUAUUGCUAUGAUUAAAGAGGAGAUAACAGCCAUCAUAGUGACCCAAAAUCUCAUUAGAAG